AGAGAGAGAUCCGCUUGCCAGAAAGAGAGAGAGAGAGAGAGAGAGCUCCAACUAUGUCCAGCAGCAAAUCAAGCAGUUCAUCUCUUCCCCACCAAAGACUUCUGGGUAAGGUAGCAUUGGUGACCGGCGGUGCAACCGGAAUCGGCGAGAGUAUUGUACGUCUCUUCCACAAGCAUGGCGCCAAAGUAUUUAUUGUGGAUAUAAAAGACAGUCAUGGCCAGCAUCUAUGUGAAGCCCUAGGAGGUGACCAAAAUGUGUGUUACAUCCAUGGUAAUGUCACUAUCGAAGACGACAUCCGCCGUGCCAUUGAUGCAACGGUCGACAAAUUCGGCACUCUCGACAUUAUGGUUAACAAUGCCGGCAUCUCUGGUCAACCGAUUCCGGACAUUCGCAAUGUAGACAUAGCUGAAUUUAAGAUGGUGUUUGAUGUGAAUGUAAAGGGUGUCUUCAUUGGAAUGAAACAUGCAGCUCGUGUUAUGAUCCCUAACCGCAAAGGCUCUAUUAUUUCUAUAUCAAGCGCUGCAAGUGUUAUUGGGGGGUUAGCCCCUCACGGAUACACAGGGUCCAAGCAUGCUGUUGUGGGGCUAACAAAGAACGUAGCUGCUGAGUUAGGGGCUUAUGGGAUAAGAGUUAACUGUGUAUCACCCUAUGCUGUAUGUACAGAUCUGGCAUUGGCUCACGUGCCUGAAAAUGAGAGGACUGAGGAUGCUAAGGCAGGAUUCCAUGCUUAUUUUGGGAAGGCAGCCAAUCUACAAGGCAUUGAUUUAACGGUAGAUGAUGUGGCUGAUGCAGUGCUUUACAUGGCUAGUGAUGAGGCACGGUAUGUCAGUGGGGCCAAUCUUAUGAUCGAUGGUGGUUUCUCAUGUGUUAAUCACUCACUUAGGGUAUUCCGGUGAGACUGGUCAUAUUAAGAAAAUGUCUUAUGAUUGUAGGUCAGC